AUGGCUGCAAGUAAUAACAGUGGUAAUAGAUCUAACGGAAACAGUGGCAUAGGGCUAACUGGUCAGAUUUCGGAAUUUAACAUUAAAGACGACGAUUUCAGUGCUUGGGUAGAAAGAUUCGAAUUAUUUAUAUUACUAAAUGAGGUUAACGUGCAUAAGAAAAAAUUAAUGUUUCUUACAUUUCUGGGUAACGACGGCUAUUCAUUAUUAAGAGACCUAUGUAUACCUAGUAAGCCUAUCGAUAAGGGAUAUGACUCAUUAAAAGAAUUGUUGUCAAAUUAUAUUAACCCGAAACCAAACUUGCUCACGGAACGAUAUAAAUUCAAGGAGAGGAAGCAAAGAUCUGAGGAAACAAUACACCAGUUUGUUGCAUCUUUAAAAAAACUUUCACAAUUUUGUGAAUUUGGUGUAAACUUGGACGACUCGCUAAGGGACCAAGUAGUUUAUGGUAUCAAGGAUGUUCAUAUUAAAAAGCGUUUGCUGUCAGAAACGAAGUUGACAUUCAAAAGAAGUGUGGAGCUAUCUUUAUCAAUGGAAGCUGCAGAUAAAGAUGUAUCAAAAUGGGAAAGUCAAGAGUUGAACUAUCAGAAAUUCAUGAAGACAAAAAACAACAAAUCAGUGAAGGACUGGGGCAAAGGAAAACUGAAAACCGAAAAGAAGGAGUCAUCGAAGGGUAUGUCUGGCAAGAUUGUGUGUUUUUGUUGCGGUGUUGUUGGUCACACUAAACCAAACUGUAAGUAUAAAUCACUUGUAUGUUCAAAUUGUUCCAAAGUUGGACACUUGAAAAAAGUUUGUAAAAUUAAAAAGAGUAAUGUUAACUUAUUGGAACAAGUGAAUAAUAAUUUAAAUGAUGAUUUUGGUGACUUAAAUGUUAUGGAUAACAUAUAUCUUUUAGAUUCUGUUGAUUGUAAUUUUAUUAAGCCAUUUAAUAUUAAAUUGAAUGUGGGUGGAAAUUUAAUAAAUUUUCAAAUUGAUACCGGAUCCUCUAUUACAGCUAUAUCGUAUGAUGAAUUUAUGAAAGUUAAAUUUAAGACCAAAGAUUUAAUUAAUAGUGAUAUUAGUUUAAAAGGAUACACUGGUACAUUAAUUGAACCAGUAGGUUUUUUAAGAGUAAAAGUGUUAUUCAAAGACCAUGUUGUUCAAGACUUGAAAUUAUAUAUAAUUAAAGGAAAUGGUCCGCCUAUUGUUGGUAGGGAUUGGAUUGAUAGAUUGUCUAUACCGUUAACAGAUAAAGUUUAUUCACUUACAUCUUAUAGUCAUGAUAGUAUUUUUAAAGAAUUUUCUUCAGUAUUUAGUACAGUUUUAGGAUGUUAUAAACCAAAAACUUUUAAACUAUAUUUAAACGAUAAUGUUAAGCCAGUAUUUUGUAAACCAAGGGUUUUACCCUUUACCUUAAAAGAUAAAGUAAGUAAUGAAAUUGACAGACUCAUUAAUGAGAAAUUGUUAAUUCCUGUUGAGACAUCAGAGAGGGCUACCCCAGUAGUUCCAGUAGUUAAAGGGGAUGGCACUAUUCGUUUAUGUGGGGACUAUAAGGUAACUUUGAACAAAUUUCUUAAAGUAGAUAGAUACCCGAUUCCGAGGGUGAGUGAUUUGAUGGCUACGUUGCAAGGAGCAUCAAAAUUUUGUAUUUUAGAUUUGUGUCAAGCUUAUCAACAAUUAUUAUUAGAUGAAGAUUCUCAAAAGUUAACUACUUUAUCAACUCAUAAGGGGCUAUAUGUUUUUAAACGCAUACCAUAUGGUAUAGCAUCUGCACCUGGUAUUUUACAGCGUGAGAUGGAAAAUGUAUUAAGAGAUAUUGAUGGUACAGUAGCUUUUUAUGAUGACAUUAUUAUAUCUGGUAAAUCAGAAGAGGAAGUAUGUAGUAGACUAAAAGAGGUGUUAAGUAAAUUGAGUUUAGUGGGAUUUACUGUUAAGAAAGAGAAAUGUAAAUUGUUUAAAGAUAGUGUAACUUUCUUGGGGUAUAAGAUUGAUAAGGAUGGACUUCAUGUUCCAGAAACGAGAGUUAAGGCUAUAACAGCUGCACCUAUUCCUUGUAAUGUUUCUCAGUUAAAGGCAUUUUUAGGACUAGUUACAUAUUAUGGUAAGUUUAUUAAGAACAUGUCGACAAUAGCAAACCCAUUAUACAAAUUGUUAAAAAAUAAUACUGCAUAUGAGUGGGGCAAUGAUCAAAAUAAAGCUUUUGACGGUAUUAAAAAAGCGUUAUUAUCUAAAGAAAUAUUAAUUCACUACAAUCCGAAAUGGCCUAUCAUAUUAGCAUGUGAUGCUAGCCCGACUGGGAUUGGAGCGGUUUUGUCCCAUAAACUACCAGAUGAAUCUGAGAAACCAAUUGCAUUUAUUUCGAGAACUUUGAGUAGUUCUGAACGCGGUUAUGCUCAAAUUGAUAAGGAAGCGACUGCUAUUGUCUAUGCAAUAAAAUAUUUUCAUCAAUUCUUGUACGGUCGUGAAUUUAUUCUUAGGACAGAUCAUAAACCAUUAGUUAUGAUUUUUGGUCCAAAAAAAGGUAUUCCCGUUAUGGCAGCUAAUCGUUUACAGCGUUAUGCUAUUUUUUUAUCAGGAUAUAAUUAUGAAAUUCAGUUUAUUAAGGGCACUGAUAAUGGUAAUGCAGAUGCAUUGUCCAGACUUUCAUUGGAGUUUCCAGAUAAUGCUAAUAAUUCUGAGUUAGACAAUUAUUCUAUAAAUUUAAUAACGGAAAAUAUUAAAUCUAUUUCUGACCUGGAUAUUUGUUUGGAAGUUAAAAAGCAUCCAUUGCUUCGAGAAGUCUUCUUGAGAGUUUUUACUGGUAAAUGGGAUGAUAUUAAGGUAGUAUCAGAGGACAUGAAACCUUACUUUAAUCGUAGAAAUGAGUUCUCUAUAGAGAAAGGUUUUUUAUUAUGGGGUCAUCGUUUAGUAAUUCCUCCUAAGUAUAGAACUGCAUUGUUAGCAGAAUUACAUAAUACACAUUUGGGGAUUGUCAAGAUGAAAAGUAUUGCUAGAUCUUAUAUUUGGUGGCCUGGAAUCGACUCAGAUAUUGAAAGCAUUACUAAGGAAUGUAUGAAAUGUUUAGCUUACAGUGAAAACCCACCUAGAAGUAUUUUACAUAGUUGGCCAUAUCCAGAUGGCCCAUCACAAAGGGUACACUUAGAUUUUUUAGGACCAGUUAAUGGGAAAAUGUUUAUAGUUAUUAUUGAUGCCUUUUCAAAGUGGAUUUUUGUUAAGCAUAUGUUAAAUAUAACUACUAGUUCAACAAUCAAGGUGUUAUGUGAAUACUUUGCUUAUUGUGGUGUUCCAGCUAAACUUGUUACGGAUAACGGUUCAUCGCUAUGUUCAAAGGAGAUGAUAGAUUUUUUGAAAAAGAAUAGGGUUUUUCAUAUCACUACACCUCCUUACAAUCCUUCAACUAAUGGUGCUGCCGAGAACUUGGUUCGCACAUUCAAAAAUUUUAUUAAAAAAUGCAAAAGUAAUUCAGAUAUUGAAAUGGAUAUUUUUAAAUUUGUAUUGUCUUAUAACAGUACCAAACAUUGUGCUACAGGGGUUAGUCCUGCUGAGUUACACUUGGGACGGUUAUUACCUACACCUUUUGACAGGUUGAAUUCUUUUGCUAAGUAUAACUAUAAUAAAGGUAUUGUAGUGGCAAAAAACAAUUACAGAGGUUGUAGGGAAAAAGUUUAUUUAAUUAAAGAUACAGUCAUGUGCAAAAAUUAUGGAACAGGGGAUGUUUGGGUACCUGGUAUAAUUCUAAAAAUAUUAUCACCUGUAACAUACUUAGUAGAUGUAGGCAAUGGUAUGGUGUGGAAAAGGCAUGUUAAUCAAAUAAUUGAUAGAGUGAUUACUAAAGGUAGUGAGGUUGAAACGUUGAAUGAUGGCAGGGACGACAAAAGUACAGUAGAUAACAAACAAAUAGAAUUAGAUCAAGAGGUUGCAUCUAAUAACAAUAAUGUUUCAUUAGACUCUGUGUCAAAAGACACAUUCAUAAGGAAGAGUGGUAGAACAAUCAAACCACCUAAACGUUUAAAUUUGUAA